AUGCUCUUCUGCCGCCGCUUCGUCGACCCGAACAGCGGCGCUCGGUCGUCCUCGUCAACCUCGACGACCGCGGCGAUUUCCCCCGCCCUCGGGCUCCUCUCAUUCUCAUCUUCCGACGGCAUGUCCACGACCCUGACCUGCGUCGGGGACGCCGACGCAUCCGCGCCCCCGAUCUCGGACAUCUCCAGGCUUCCCCCGCGCCCCGUCCCCCUCCCGGCCGCCGCCGCCGCCGCCUCCGCCCGCUCGAGCUCCGCCCUCUCGAGCUCCCGCCGCGCCAGGCGACGCGCGUCCCGCUGGCCCAGGUGCAGGUGCUCGCCAAGCGCGCCGUCGAGGUGCCGCUCCCGCUCCGCCCUGCGCCGCUCCAUCUCGUCGCUGUCGCCGCGACGCCGCGUCCAGCACCCGCAAAUGACGGCGAACGCGAACGCCAGGAUGCCCAACGACGCCACCGUGCGCAGCACCGGCCCGUCUCCGUCCCCGACCGCGGCGUCCGUCGGGGAAGGGGGAGGACCGGGCGACGACGACGACGACGACGACGCCGACCCGGCCUCGCCGCUCGCGCCCGCGACGCACAGCCUCGCCGCGACGCACGCCGCGAUGAGCGAGAGGCACCGCGCGCGCGUCCCCGCCGCCGUCGCGAGGGCCGCGCGCCCCAUCCACCCCUCCACGCCGGCGCUUCGACGUUUGAAUUAG